AUGCAGACGCGCUCUAAAACAAAAGCUGAGAAAGAACGCCGUGCAGCACAGUUCUUGUGUGGUAUAGUUGAAGGAUUCUAUGGACGACCAUGGACAGCUGAUCAGCGGAAAGAUUUAUUUGCCAGGAUGAAACGUCUGGGAAUGAACACUUACAUUUACGCACCAAAAGACGACCUGAAGCAUAGAGCUGAAUGGAGGCAGUUGUACAAUUCCGAUGAAGUAGAGUUACUGCAAUCUUUGAUCCAAACAGCAAGGAUGGAGAAUGUUACAUUCGUAUACGCGUUAUCUCCUGGAAUUGAUAUUAUUUAUUCAAGUGAAAAAGAAAUCAAAGCUCUGCAUGAUAAAUCUGAGCAGGUACGCUGUUUAGGAUGUGAUGCAUUUGCGCUACUGUUUGAUGAUAUUGAUAUAACAUUGAAUGAUGCAGAUAAAAAGCAGUUUUCGACUAUUGUUAUGGCCCAGUUAACUGUUGCUAAUUCUCUAUACGAAUUUUUGAAGUGUCCUCAUUUCUUCUUUUGUCCUACAGAAUACUGCGAGUCACGAGCGAAUCCAUCACUGGAGGAAUCGGAUUAUUUACUUACGCUGGGUAAAAAACUAGUUGCUGAUAUACAUAUUCUAUGGACAGGGCCUCGAGUGGUGUCCCGUGAAAUUACGAUCGAGCACAUUCGACGUGUUGCCGCAGUGCUACAGAGAAAACCGGUGGUUUGGGAUAAUUUGCAUGCCAAUGAUUAUGAUCCUAAACGGGUUUUUCUGGGUCCAUUUGCAGGAAGGCCCGUACGACUGAAAGAUGAGAUCGCAGGAAUUUUGCUGAAUCCAAAUUGUCGUUAUGAGGCUAAUUUCUUGCCGUUCUAUACAUUAGCGGAAUGGAAUAAGUGUCAUGCAGAUGCUGAUGUUUUGGAAGAAGCGGAAUCAGAUGCUAUACUAGAGGCAGGUGAUGUAGUUCCUGUUGCAACACAUAUCGUUGAGAAUGCUUCACCGAAACGAUUAUAUCAUCCACUAAAAGCUCUAGAUGAAGGCAUCAAGAAAUGGAUUGAAUACUUUAAUGCCGAGUUAUCAACAAAUUCUCAUUCAUCUUUUUCUAUUAAAGUAGCUGGAGCUGACGAACUCAACGAAUUGAAACCGUCAACAAGCUCUACUUCUCUGGUUACUCGAGAACUGAAUGGUCCGGACAGUAUUGAUAAUCAGACAGCAAUUGUUUAUUUCAACGCUGAGAACAACUCUGUAAUACAGCCAGUGAACUCAAUGUGUUCUGAAUAUAGCGAGCCAAUGGAUCUGAUGUCGGCUACCAAGGACGAUACAAAGCCGUUAUUGGAGGCAUCAGAUCAAAGCAGAGGAAAUAUUCAGGAAAUGCUGGAAGUUUCGUCGGAUAUCAGUAUGGACAGUAGUGUUCAUUCCGAUUUGGAAACAAAUAUAACUGGAGUGGAUCAGGUAGCAAUCUUUGUCGAUAUGUUUUAUUUGCCCUUUGAACAUGGCCGUCGUGGUAUUCAAAUGCUGCAGGAAUUUUCUUGGCUUCACGAGAACUCAUAUGUAAUGAGAAGAAGUAGUGAUAGCGGCAUUGAUGACCAGAAAGUACAGGAAUUUGUGAGUGACGAAUGGAAACGAAGAUGCGAGGACUUUGUCAAACUAUUACGUGAUGUAACGAGACUUUAUCAACAUAUCACUCAGCUUCCUAAUCGUAACGUUGUGCAGGAACUAUUUCAAUACGUUUAUGACGCUCAAGGUAUGGCUUCUAUUCUGGAAGCACUUGUUCUUUGGAUGGCUGGUGGACAUCUGAAUAUUGCACCUGCUGAUUGUGAUUGUUUUUGGCGGGUUGGUAUUCCGGAUGUUGAGCCGUGGACUUUAUCUGGCGGUUUCUUGGCAGAUUUACAGAAGCUUCUGUGUUCGAGUGCUAAUUUAGCGGACUUAUUCUUGCUAAAGACAGUGCUGCCGCUUUCUUUAAACUGCUAUACAGUUAGGCCUUACGUAGAUGAAGAUACGAAAAAUGUCCGAUACAUGUGGAAAUCUGAAAAUGAAUAUGCUUCGAGCGUGGGAAUUCUAGGGGAAAUUAAAGAUGAACGUUUUUUUGACAAGUACAUUGGUGCUUAUAUUAGUUUUGCAAUGCCCCGGACUUGCUUCGUUGCAGUUGAAGAUGACUCUGUGGGAAAUCCACGACAAGUCAUUGGUAUGAUAUGUGCAGCACUUGAUGCAAAACAGUUUGCUGAAAAGCUCCGAAAUCAGUAUAUCCCAAAGAUGCGUUCCAAAUACAAGGCAUAUGCUGAAGCGGAGAAAGGACAAUCUAUAUCUUGCAGUGAAGAAAUUGAACGUCAGUGGCAGCGUCUACAUCAAGAUAUUGCCGAAUGGGGACCACCUAGUCUUUCCGACUAUUUCUACGAGCAAUUUCCGAGUCAGAUUGAUGUAAGAUGUCACGACUUAUCACAAGAUGCCGUGAUUUUUCGUAGGCUGGUAUGCAUAACAGCUAUCGCCUUAUCUUAUAAUGGAUCCUCCGGAUUUUUCAUGGUGCUGGAUUCAUCUGACAACGAAAAAAUCAACUUAUGCUCAAGAAUAGGCCUGAUUACUUUGAAGGAAGCGGGUGUUGCUGAUGAUCUGAUUUUGAUGGGCCAUUCUUUGUGA